AUGUAUAACGGUAUGCAAACAAACAAUACGGGGGAAUUGUAUGCUGCCGUAAAAUGCCUUCAACAAAUACACGAAAAUCAAUUAUCAAACAUUAUCAUUAAAACCGACAGUGAAUAUUUAGUUAGAGGUAUAACAAAUGACAUUGUUUAUUGGAAAAGUAACAACUGGAAACUUAAAUCUUCCGGAAAUGAUGUGAAAAACAAAAAACUCUGGUCAGAGAUAGAUCAUUUGUUAUCAAAUAUAAAAGUAACGUGGGCGCACGUUGCUCGUGAUUCUGAAAUCGGUCAGAUUGAAGCCGAUAAACUCACAAAACUUGCUUUAAAUAUAAAAACAUCUGGAAACACCGUUCAAGCAAAUAAUCUUAGUAUCGUGAAUGUGUGUAACAACAUUGAAUGGACCGACGAUGAAGAGGAAACUAUACCGAUGAAGGUUACAACCCCGCGUCGAAGCAUCUCCACCAAUAAAUUUCGCAAAAAUAAUAAUAAGGCAAACUCUCCGACUUUCUGUACCAUGUCAACACUCAGGAGAAUUGAAAGUCUUUUAUUGUCAACUUCUGAGGAAGUUUUAAAUUUAAAUGAUGCCCUUAACUGUCAUAUUGACUCGUCAAACAAUCAAUUUCAAGAGAUGAAAGACAAGUUUGCAUCACUAACAAAUACGGUUAAAGUUCAACCCAAUUCAGCUUUAACCUCCGUCCAAGAAGUUUUUACACAAACACAGCUCAUUAAAUCAGAUAUCGAUGUAAACAAUAAGGCAUUUAUAAAUAAAUCCAACAGUUUGUGGGACAAAUUAAAUGCCGUUUCAAAUGAGAUUAAAUCUGUAAAUUUAAAAUCAUCCCACGUCAACGAUUUAACAAAAACUGUGACAGAAACACCAAAUCGCAAAAGAGAGGAAAGAAUUUCAACUUCAAAUAAACCAACACCUGGAACAUACAGCAACGCUGUAAGAAGUGGUUUACCAAGCAGCUCUUAUAAGCCAGUUUCUUUAAAUAGAACAAAUCUAGGUAACAAGCAUAAUGCUCAAAGUCCUACUUAUGCGGAAAAACAAAGGUCACCAAUAAAUACAAAAUACACGGACCGUGAAGUCAACUCUACUUAUCCACAUUUUCAUCGGUCUUUUGACAAGAAAAACUUAUUUCUUAUUGGGAGUUCAACUCUUAAAAAGAUGUCUCCUAGGAAAAUGUCAACUCAACAAAUCAAUACCAAAGUAAAGACUCUCCGGGAAGGACGGAUCAGAGACAUUGAAGAUUGCCUAAUUCAGUACAUAUCAGAAGGCAGAAAUUGA